AUGGAGGAUUAUUUGAGCCCAAGUUUAGGGUCCGUUUGUAAAGCGCGCCGCCGCGCCGGCGGCCAGCACAGGAAGCUCGAGGCCGGAGAGAGCAAAAGGCUCUUGUUCCGGCAGAGCGAUGGCCCGUUCUUCCGUCUCACUUUUUUCUUCUUUAAUCUUCGAUCGUCUUCUCUACUUCCUCCUCUCCCUCACCCCGCUCUUCCAACGUCAUUCCCAGUUGUUGAUAAUCAGAAUCCUACAAUACAACUUUUCCCUUCACUGCAUGCUGGGAGUUAUUGUGAAAGAGUACGCGUCUCGGGAAUGUCGAGGUUGAACUUGAAGAGCUAUGCCAGUUCGUUGUAUGUGACCGUGAAGGCUGCUGAAGACAUGCCGCAAAGGCUUCAUGGAAAUAUCGGCAUCUGCUUUCAUCGAAAUGCUUCUCUUGGAACAUGUGAAUGCGGAAAUGAUGAUUGGAAAUUUCUUCAGAAGGGUGAAUGGAAGUCUGUGAUGUCGCCUUAUGAUACCAGGUUUAUAGAUGUUAAAUCUAUGGAUAAGAUUUCUGGCUCUAUAAUAGCCUAUGUGGAGGAAGAGUUUCAACUUUGGCGUUUGUUUUUCCUUGGUAUUGGCUUUGUUAUGCUGAUAGCGGCACCAAUUGUGAGCAAUUGGGUGCCAUUUUACUAUAGCAGUUCAAUGGCUUUAGGUGUUUUGCUUGUCAUCUUGCUCAUUUUAUUCCAGGGAAUGAAGCUACUACCAAUGGGCAGGAAGAAUAUCCUCUAUCUUACAUUAUAUGGAUCUCUGCUUGGAAUUGGCUCGUACAUAGCACAUUAUUUCUCCAAAAUAGUCAACUCUAUUCUUGUGAGCUUUGGGCUAAGUGAAGAGAUGCAUAAUCCAGUAUCUGUUUUUCUUUUAGUUGGGAUAGCUCUUGCAGGAGCAGCCUUGGGGUAUUGGAUUGUGAGGAAAUUUGUUCUUUCAGACGAUGGCAAAAUACAUGCUAGCAUAGCUCAAUUUGUAAAGUGGGCUAUGCGUAUUAUUGCUAUGGUUCUUAUAUUGCAGAGCUCUCUUGAUGCACUUUUAUCGCUGGUUGCAUUGGGCGCUUGCUGGUCUCUCUGCUCUUUUAUUAAUUCGAUUGAGUUUUCAACUUCCGCAACACCGCCAAAAUCUCAAAUUAAAAGAUCUAGUUUGUGGCAACAAAGGACCUGGCAAGUUUCUUCCGGAAGCAAUAGGAAUGCUGAAUUUUUGAAUCGUCCAGUUAACAAGGGUUCUGGGGGACCAUUGUGGGGAAGUCCAAGUUAUCAUCACGGCUUUUCGAAUUCUCCUGUGAAAGGAAAGAUGAUCUCAACCCCAAGCAAGAGCCCAUCCACAAACUCGAGAUCCCGGCGCCUCAGCGAUGAUUUCUACUCCACAUUCCACAAAACACCCACGAGAAAAUUCUCGAAAAUGGAAUGGGAGGAUUUCACUCGAGAAUCAACUAGAGAUGCUCUCUCCGACUGGGCCUCGACCCCCGAGGUCGCCAAAUGGAUCGCCGACAACACUCACCGGAUGAAGCUCAGCCAUGACAGCAGCUCCGACGACACCAUGGAAAGCUCCUCCGGAUCGUCAGAAGAAACCGCGGUGGAUGAUGGUAACCGUCUCAGCCUUUUUAAAUGGUCCUUUGCUCUAUCAGUUUGAUUCUUGAUGUUUACUGAUUUUUUUGUAAUACUUCAAUAGCCUUUGGAUUACUCUCUUAGUUUUUGGCUUUUAUAUUUUGCUUUAUAUAGCUGCUUGAACUGUUAAUGUGAAGCGUUAUUUGUAAUUGUAAUUGGUAGUUAAAUUAGAGUCAGUGGGUUAUAAAUAGAUGAUGUGUCAUUAACAGUUUUGUUAUACUGGAGUUCUCUUGUGAGAUUA